CAGGCAGCCAGUGACGCUAGACAUGUGACACACGAUCACCAGAAUGCGGAAAGAGUCCCGAGGAUCUUGUUUAGGGGGUUUACGGUGUUAUCAACAAAGCGUAUAAGCGGCAAUUAAACCGUUUAAUUUUCUAAUAUUUGGGCGUUUGUGUUGUCAAGAAAGAAACGGACAAUUUAAAACACAAAUCCUGCUGCUAAAAUAAAAGCAAAAUGUCAUCGGAAGAGUUUGAAAAGCUGCAGGAGAUCUUCAAGUCCCUUUAUGACGAACUGAAGUUGAUGCCUGACAGAUUACUGAGAUGUCAAGGAGAGGAGAAGAAGAGGUUGGUGCGAACUUUUGACGAAAGACACGGAGAGGCAGUGGAAGUGCUGCAGGGGAUGGAGCAGGAGUUGAUCGGCGUUCCCUCGUCCUACCGGAACGCCAUGUCCACCAGGCUGCGUCUGUUCCGCAGAGACCUGGGGAAGCUCCAGAGAGCGGUGAAGAGCUCUGACCUGUCCUCCACCUCCUCUAACCGGCCAGCAGAGGGCGCCUACGGCAUCUACUCCUCUCAGAACGAACACAGCACCCAGCUUCAGUCCCAGAGGGCCUUGCUGAUCCAGGGACACGAGCACCUGAACAACGCCAGUCAGAGUAUAGAGAGGAGUCAGCGCAUCGCCGCAGAGACAGACCAGAUCGGCGUGGACAUCAUCGAGGAGCUGGGAGAGCAGAGAGAACAGCUGGACCGCACCAGAGACAGAGUGAGUGGGAUUGGGAAGCUCUGGAGACACAAGGCUCUGAGUGGGAAGCUCUGGAGACACAAGGCUCUGAGUGGGAAGCUCUGGAGACACAAGGCUCUGAGUGGGAAGCUCUGGAGACACAAGGCUCUGAGUGGGAAGCUCUGGAGACAUAAGGCUCUGAGUGGGAAGCUCUGGAGACAUAAGGCUCUGAGUGGGAAGCUCUGGAGACACAAGGCUCUGAGUGGGAAGCUCUGGAGACACAAGGCUCUGAGUGGGAAGCUCUGGAGACACAAGGCUCUGAGUGGGAAGCUCUGGAGACAUAAGGCUCUGAGUGGGAAGCUCUGGGGUUGUGGAAGGGUUCAUAUUCAUAAACCGUCUCCGUGUCGGAGUGCUGGUCUAGUUCUGCCUUCAAGAUCAGAUUGAAUGAGAUGAUAUAGACAGAUC